AUCCCUGUAGGCCUUGGGCUCUGGCUCUGGUGUCAGCCCCUCCGCCCUCCACCCCCCCCCCCCCGCUCCCUGCUUCCUGGAGUGGGUGACCAGCCAAGGCCAGGGCUCCCUGCCCACCUGCAAGGGUUGGGUACGGCCCACGCAGGUGUCUGCUGCUGGCCCACAGUGCUCCGACCUCGGCCAGCGCAGCAUGCUGGGUGCCGUGUUCCUGCUGCUCCUGCUGCCUGGGACCUCCGCCCUGCCCGAUGGGCCCCUUGCGACCCCCUUCCCCGGGGCACCUGGGCCCUGGCUUCGUAGACCCCUGUUUCGGCUGGAGCUGUCGGACGCGGAGGACGCCUUCCCGCGCCGUGGGGGGCCGCUGGAGGUGCCCGCGGACAGCCGGGUGUUCGUGCAGGUGGCCCUGGCCCGGCCCUCCCCGCGCUGGGGCCUGGCCCUGCACCGCUGCUCUGUGACACCGUCCUCGCGCCCGGCGCCCGGGCCUGCCCUGGUGCUGCUGCGCGGAGGCUGCCCCGCUGACGCCUCGGUCACCUUCCCGCCACCGCCGCCAACCCCGGACGCCGCCCGCCCCGCGCGCUUCAGCUUCCGCCUGCGCCCGGUCUUCAACGCAUCGGUGCAGUUCCUGCAUUGCCAGCUGAGCCGCUGCCGACGCCCACCUGGAGCCCGCCGGAGGCCCCCGCCCCUGACCCCGCCGCCGCCGUCGCGGUGUUCGCCUCCGGCCCAGGCGAGCGCGGGCAGCGGCAACGGGGAGAGCCUCUGCGCCGACAGCCCCCACCUGCACACGCUGACGCAGCCCAUCGUGGUCACGGUGCCGCAGCCGCCCCCCAGGCCACCCAAGAGCCUCCCCGGCAAGGGAUUGCGCCCCGAGCAGCCCGCGCCCGCGCCCGCUCCCGCGGCCCUGGAGCCCGCACCCGUAGUGGCGCUGGUGCUGGCGGCCUUCUUGCUGGGUGCUGCGCUGGCCACCGGGCUCGGCCUUGUGUGCGCGCACUCAGCGCCCCCGCCCUCCAGCCGGCCGGCCAAGACCUCGUCCAGCGGCCCCCAGACUCGCAGACCCCAUUGAGGAAGAUUGACGGAAGAGGCCAACAGGCGCUGAGAGGCGCUGGGAAGGAGUCCUGCGGUGUCCCCCGCAUCCCCGGCAGUGGCGAUGUACACAGACAAGCCGUGGCUUCGGGACCAGGCCCACGGCCUCAGAUGCCACACUAUGAGACCACGAACCCUCCGUCCCUUUCCACCUUCUCAUCUGGGCUCCAAAUAAACCUCCGGACUGAGCCUGCUAA